AUGAGAGGUUCCCAUACCAUGAAGACCUUAGCUCUGGUCCUGCUGGUGGCUCUGCUGUGCACAGAGACAGCUCAGGGUCUGAAGUGCUACCAGUGCAUAGCGGCCUCGAACAUGAACUCUUGCCACCCGGCCGUGUGCUCCUUCCCAGAUGGUGUCUGUGUCUCCCAGGAAGUGACCACCAUUGUGGAGUCUGAGAAAGUGAGUCUGGAGAACAAGUUCUGCCUCCCCUCCUGCCCCGACAGAAUCGAUAUUCAGGACAUGCACACCCUGGGCCUCGUGGUCAGCUCCAAGACCUCUUGUUGCAAGGGGGACCUCUGUAAUGCAGGGGUCCUGGCAGUGGGCAGUGCCUGGGUCCUGUCCGGGGGGCUCCUGCUCAGCCUGGGAUUGGUCCUCCUCUGCCCCGGACUCUAA